UCAUGAAACCAAUAAAUGUUGGAAUUGAAGCCAUUGAGAUUUAUUUUCCUAAGACUUAUGUUAAUUAAGCAGAGUUAGGUACUAAAAAUUGAUUAGAUUUCAGAAUUAUUUGAUAAUGUUUCAUAGGGCAAGUAUACAAUAGGAUUAGGAUAAGUGAAUAUGGCCUUUGUUAGAUCUUUUGAAGAUGUAAAUACUAUGGCAUUAACAGGUAUAUUCAAAUCUAAAAGUUAGUGGUCACAAAUCUAUUAGAGAAAAAUUAAAUUAAUCCUGCAUUAAUAGGUAGAUUGGAAGUUGGUACAGAGUCAUUGUUAGAUAAAUCAAAAUCAACUAAAACUACACUUAUGAGAUUAUUUGGUGAAAAUACAAAUAUAGAGGGAGUAACCUCAAUAAAUGCCUGUUAUGGAGGAACUAAUGCUUUAUUUAAUACUAUUAAUUGGAUGUAGAGUGAUGCUUGGGAUGGUAGAUUAGGACUUGUUGUCUGUACUGAUAUAGCAGUUUAUGCUAAAGGAUCAGCACGUACUACUGGAGGAGCAGGAGCAGUUGCUAUGUUAAUAGCUCCAAAUGCAACUUUUACAUUAGAAACAAUUAGGACAACUUAUAUGAAGGAUAAUUAUGACUUUUAUAAACCUAAUUUUCAAAGUGAAUACCCUACUGUAGAUGGUUAGUUAUCAAUAUAGAGCUAUUUAUCUUCAAUUGAUAAUUGUAUUCAAUAAUACUUUAAGAAAAAUAAUAAUUUAGAUGCUGAUUUUUAUUGUUUUCACAGUCCUUUUCAUAAGAUGGUUUAAAAAUCAUUUUUAAGAGUUAAACUAAAUGAAUCAUUUGUAUAAAAAGUUGAAACUGGAUUCACAUUUUAAAAUUUUAAUGAAAAAUAAUCUCAAAUGCUUAAAUUUUACUAAAAUGAUUGGUUGAAUAAGGCUUUUCCAUCUUGUCUUUUAUCAAGAGAAUUAGGAAAUAUAUAUACAGGUGCUCUUUAUGCUGGAUUAAUUAGUUUAAUUGAUACAUAAGAUGACUUAAUAAAUAAAAGAAUAAUGAUGUUUUCAUAUGGUUCAGGAUGUGCAGCAUCUCUUUUUUAUUUGAAAUGCAAUAAAUCAACAAGAAUAAUGAAAUAGAAAAUGAAUCUUUAAGAACGAUUAUAAUAGAGAAUCAGAAUUUCCUGUAUAGAAUAUGAUCAUAUUAUGUAAUAAAGGGAAAUAAAUUACAAUAAACAUAGCCAAUAAUAUCAACCAAAAUAAGUUGAUUUAUAUCCAGGAACAUUCUAUUUAAAAUCUAUAGAUGAUAAAUAUAGAAGAGAAUAUCUUGUUCAUAAACAAUUAGAAUUGAAUUAAACUUCUGAUAUGAUAGUAAUUGAUAAUUCUAAAUCAAUCAAUAAAAUUUAAUAAAUUAGAGAUUAAAUAACUAAUAAUAAUAGCACAAAUGAUUAAAUUUAUUCAUAAUCUUAAAAGUAAUAUAAUUAAUUAUGGACAGGAUUUUAUAAGAAAACAAUAUAAUAAAGAUUAGAUUAAUUGGAAAAAACAAUGAAUGUAAAUGUUGAACCAUUCAAAGAUGGAGGAUUGUCAUUAUAGAAUGCAAAUUUAAUGGUUGAAAAUUGUAUUGGAAAAAUAUCAUAUCCUCUUGGAUUAGGAUUAAACUUUUUAAUAAAUGGAUAAUUUUAUUCUGUACCUAUGGCUAUAGAAGAACCAUCUGUAAUUGCAGCAGCUAGUGCAGCAGCUAAAACUAUUAGUGAAGCUGGUAUUGGAUUCUAAACAUAUUCAAGUCGCCCUGUAAUGAUGGGUUAAAUUUAAUUAUUAGAUGUUAAGAAUUUUUCAAAAAUAGAAUGCUUAAUUGAUUCUAAUAGAUAGACAAUUAUUAAUAGAGGAAAUUAAGCAUGUUAAAGUAUGGUAAAAAGAGGAGGAGGAAUUGAAGAUGUGAAAUGUAGAAAUUUAAAUAAGGGACAAUGUAGUGUAGACAUAUUUAUAAAUGUAUGUGAUAGUAUGGGAGCUAAUUUAGUAAAUACAGUUUUAGAAUUUGUUGCUCCUUUAAUAGCUGAAAUCACUGGAAGUAGAAUUGGAAUUAAAAUAUUAACUAAUCUAUGUAUGAAUAGAAAAGUAACAGCUUAAUUUAGUUUAGAUAUAGAUAAACUCAAUUAUAAAUCAUUAAAUGGCAAAGAAGUAGCUAAAUUAAUGUUAGAAGCCUAUUAAUUUGCAGAAUUCGAUAUUUACAGAGCUGUUACACAUAACAAAGGAAUUAUAAAUGGGAUAGAGGCAGUUUGUAAUGCUACUGGAUAAGAUGCUAGAGCAGUUAAUGCAUCUUUACAUGGAUAUGCAUCAAUAAAUGGAUAAUAUAAACCACUUUCAUCUUAUAAAAUAAUUGAUAAUAAAUUUAUAGGUGAAUUAACAGUACCAAUUAGUGUUGGUACUUAAGGAGGAGUCUUACCUUAAAAUCCUUUAUAUUCAUAGAUUUUGUAAAUUUUAGAUUAUCCUGAUUCUUAGAAAUUGGCUGAGAUUAUUGUAUCUGUAGGUUUAGCUUCAAAUUUUGCAGCAUUGAGAGCUUUAGCUGUUGAGGGUAUAUAAAAGGGACAUAUGACAUUACAUGCUAGAAAUAUUGCUAUAGCUAGUGGUAUACCUGAACAUCUGGUUGAUGAAGCAGUUCUAUUUAUGAAAAAUAGAAAUAAUUUCAAUAAAUAAACAGCUUUAGAAUUUCUUAAAGCCUAUAAUGUAUUUUUUGAAAUUGGAAAGGCUAAAGGAAAGUAAAUGAAAGCAUUUUGCACCUUUACAGGAUGUUUUGAUUUAAUUGGGACACAAGAAAAAGUAGAUUUACAUGUUGUUUUUGAAUGCGAUUAAAAUAAGAUAAAUUUAAAUUAUGCUGAUGAUUCUGCAAUAAAUAGAUAAAUAUUUGGAUUAAAAGGUUAAGAAUGGUUGAAGAAUUUAUUUUCAGUUUUGAAUACAGUAAAAAUUAAUAAAGAAGUUGAAUUAUAUUAAUCUAAUAAUUUGACUUCAAAAUUGAAACUUUUAGCAAUUUUGAUAAAUUUAUUAUGUUUCAAUAUGUUAAGUCUUGAUUUUGAUAGAUCAAAGAAUUUUAUAUUGAAUUAGAAACCUUGUUUAGGUGGAGCUAUUUCACUUAAAUAUGGAUUGUCACUUAUGAAUGAAUUAAUUCAUAUAUUUGAAUACAAUAUUGAUUAAUUUAUUGGAUUUCCUCAAUUAAGAUAAGCAUUAAUGACAGAAUUGAAUAAUAUCAUUUUUGCCCAUAUCAAAUCAUUUGAAUUGUUGUAAUAGGCAAAAUAAGGUUAUUUCAAUUGUGAUAAAUUCUUAUCUUCUAGAUAAAAACGAUUAUGUUGUACAAUGAUGCUACUUUGUGAUUGUAUUUCAUUAAAGAAUUUUAGUCCUUAGAUAAUUGAAGAGAUUAAAUUACUUGGAAGAGUCAUUGAAAUAUAAAUGACUUUAACAAGAGAUACUUAAAAAUGGAAUAAGUAAGAUAAUAUUAUUAAUAUUAUUAUAGAUCAACAUUAUCUGAACCUAAUAUGUAUACUUAUUGGUUAAUUGCUAAUUAGAAAUUAAUAUUAGGUGAUAAUAAGGAUAUUUUGACUUCAUUUUAUAAUGAACAUAAUAGAUUAUUAUUGUCUCUAAUAUAAGAAUUGGAAAAGAAUAUAUCUCAUCAAUUAAGUCAUCUGAAAGAUUAAGCUAUGAAUGCAAUUCAACUUUUUUAUAAACCGAGAUUGUGA